UUCGAACUAGUUGCAAAGCAAAUAUGCGUGUGAAAUUAGAUGAUGAAGAAAAUUGGAUCAUAUCAUCCUUUGAGAAGAAACACAACCAUGAAUUAGUACCGAGCCCCUCAAAAUCUCGUUUCUAUCGGUGUCGGCGAAAGAUUAGAGAUGAAGAAGCCGAUCUUAUACAUACCAUGCGUGAGCAAAAUAUUUCAACAAAGCAUAUUAGGGACUUCAUUGCAUCUCAACGUGGAGGGGUUCAUAAUUUAUCAUUCACGAGGAGGGACCUAAGCAACUUUACAACGCGCCAAAGAAUGCCUCUUUUUGACAGUGAUAUCUCAACGACUCUAAGUCACUUUCAACAACUACAAGCUGAGAAUCCUAUGUUCUUUUAUGCAGUCCAGUUUGAUAGUAAUAAUUGUGCAAAAAAUAUAUUUUGGGUUGACGGGAGAUCAAGGAUGGCCUACCAGCAUUUUGGAGAUGCAAUCACUUUUGAUACCACUUAUUGUACAAACAAGUACAGUAUGCCAUUUGUACCAUUCAUCGGGGUAAACCACCAUUCUCAAACUAUUUUAUUUGGUUGUGCUUUGAUUAGAGACGAGACCGCUGUAUCCUUCAUGUGGAUAUUUCAAACAUGGCUUAAUGCAAUGUUUGGUAAGCAUCCUACUUGUAUUCUGACAGAUCAAGAUCCUUCAAUGAGGAAAGCAAUAAGUGAGGUUCUUCCUAAUACGGCUCAUCAGUUUUGUAAGUGGCAUAUUCUUCGGAAAGCACGUGAGCAUCUAGGAAUUUUAUUUGGCACAAAAGAGAAGUUUCAAGAGGACUUUCUUAGUUGCAUUAAUUUUAGCUUAACAGUUGAGGAUUUUGAGUCAAGUUGGACUACUAUGAUAGAGAAGCAUGGAGUUGAAGAUAACACACAUCUAAAACAUUUGUAUCAAAUUCGAGAUAAGUGGGUGCCAUCAUACUUUAGAAAUAUAUUUUGUGCUUUCAUGUCUACAACGCAAAGAAGCGAGAGUUUUAAUGCACUUCUCAAAGGUAGAGUCAAUAACCAUACAACAAUUUAUGAGUUUGUUAUGCAAUAUGAAAAUGAUUUAGAAGAUCGAUAUGACGUAGAAGAGGAAGACGAUUUUCGCUCUCUGCAAUACAAACCAAGUUCAUGGUCUCCAAGCCCAAUAGAGAGGCAUGCACAAAAGAUUUAUACUAGAGCAAUGUUUAGGGUCUUCAAGGAUCAACUAAAAGAGAUAUUUUCAUUUUCUCUAAAUGAAAUAGAGCCUAAAGCAUUAUACAAACUAGUGCAAGUCCCAAACUCAGACAAACCAAGUGCUAGAAGAAGAACUUAUAUGGUUACCUUCCAAGCCCCUACGACAGUAUCUUGCAAUUGUAAAAUGUUUGAAUUUAGUGGAAUGGUGUGCUCGCAUGUGCUUAAGGUGCUUUUACAUCUUGAUAUCUUGGAAAUACCCUCCGAAUAUAUUUUAAAGAGAUGGACAAAGUCAGCUAAGGAAGAAAGUUUUGAUAUGCACCAAUGUCUUAGCACUGAAUUGUUAAAUUCUUCCUCAAAGACUCUAAUGUUUAAUAGUUUGUCUCGAAAAAUAAUAAAGUUGGUUGCAGAAGGUUCCACGAGUAUUGAGUUGUAUAAUUUGGCAAAUAAAAAAAUAGAUCAAGUUGUGGGAGAAUUAUUAGCGGCAAAAAUGCACUUACUAGAGAAUAAAUCGGGGCAUGAUGGCAUGACGCAAAUCCAAGGUUCUGCAUGUUCUCAAACACAAGAAAGUAUUAUUGAUAAUAAUUGUAUAGUAAGAGCUCCUCCUAUUUCAAAUUGCAAAGGAAAAAGAAAGAUGCAACGUUUCAAGCCUCCUUCAGAGUUGAAAGCUAAGAAGCAAAGAACUUGUGGAAAAUGUCAUGGGAAAGGCCACAAUAGUCGAACUUGCAAGGCCCAAACAACAAGUCAUGUAGGAAGCAUCGAUGAGGAAGAAGAGGAAGAUCUGGAAGACCAAGAAGAAGAGGAUGAAGAUGUUGAAGAAUAUUACUACUAAUAACGCUUUCUAAUAUUUCUUUUAUUUGUCAAUGUUCUUCCGAAGCUUUUUGGAUAUGUGAAGUUACUGUAUGGCUUUAAAAGAUUUUUAUGUUAUUUUUUAAUUUUUUUAACUUGAUGAUGGGUUUACCUGUUUGUGAGUCUUGAGGGUAAAAGGGUCUACUAAGUAACUAUAGUGUUAGAAAGGGCAACAGUUUUGAUUUCGAGAGCAAGGACUUGAUAGGAUUACAAUAGUUAAAAGAGCCUGGUAAUGUUGAAAGUAGAUGAUGUUCAUUG